AUGGCGAAAAAGAAGAAAUCUAGACCACCAGUUGACUCCAAUGCAUCAGCAGAACUUUCGGUUCCUCCUGCACCAAAGCCGGUUGUUGAUCCAAAGUGGGUGUGGCCACCCUUUCCGAGCCCGCCAGAGGGCGUCACGAUCAUUGGAUUUCAUCAAUUCGAACCAAAGGGUAUCGUUGUCAGUCUAGGGGAUGAGCCAGAAGUCGACGGCGAGGGCAUUCGCACCGUCGAGUUGCUCGCCCGCCACACCGUCGGCGGUGGAGGACAUCGGAAAGCCAAAGUGAAGAAGGGUCCAUUUGCAGACAUCACGGAUGAAGAGCUCAGAAAGCUUACAUGGGAUAAGAGAUGGGAGCUCGGUGAGCAUCUCAGAAAGGCGCAACCGAUGGAUCCAAUGGAACCGCUGGAGGAGAGAUUCAAGCAAUCCGUUCAGCAGUUUCUGCCAAAUAGACAAUGGGAUCCUAGUCGGCAGCAGUUGUGGGACCAGUGGCGCCUGUACGUCGGGAUCAUUUCUGGAGUGAAGAAACCGCAAGGCCGCAAAUCGCGGCUCCCAGAGGAUGACGAGCGGCCAUUGGUAGAAUUGAAUCCAGGUCUGGAAGACGAUAUGAGCGAGGAGGAAGACUUAAUGGAGGUCGACUCUCAAACUCCAAUUGAAGGCCAAGUGGAAGAAGGUGAUGCCAGAAGGCUCCAAGAACGUCUUGCCCGUGAUUAUGCUAAGUAUGAGAGGAUGAUUGCCGCAAAGGACGAGCGCACCUUGUUUUGGGUGACCGAGCCGGAGAAGGCAACCAAGAUCUUCCUUUCAUCUCAUUUCCGUGACAGAGGACUUAUGUGGAGCGAGCCUCAAGCGCGGGAUAUGCCACUACUCCUCUGCUUCUACCUGAGCUUCGUCCUUCGCAACAAGAUGUUUCCCGAGAAGGACUUUGUUCGUGGAUACGAAAAGGCUCUUGUCGUUGCACAACGUGCAUGCAGCGAGCUUCUUUAUACCUUUCGCAUCUCUCGCGCUUUGCCCGAUAAAUGGGGGCACGCUUGCAAGAACCAGUGGGGCCAAAAGUACCAUCAUCCAUUUGAGCUCUACUUCAUCAACUCCUCUCAGGCCAAUCAUUCCGAUGGUGGAUUGGUCGAACCACAUAUCGAGCACGAAGCGAAGCUUGUGGCCGCAAACUAUGAUCUAGGAGACCAAGAAGUGGAAGAAAAGGGAGAUGUGAACAAUUCAUCAAACGAUGGAUCUGCAAAUGAGGCAUUCCUCGAAGAAGUCACUGCAGAAGAUAUUGAGCCGGUCUCUGUUCCGAUCGAGGAGUCUCCAGCCAUUGAACAAAACCACGAAGCAGCAGCAGAAAUCGAGCCAACCAAAGCCCCGUCUGUUUCAGGCUGGGGGGAUUGGGAUGCAGACUUUGAUCCUUCACGCGCCUCUGACCUCGCGAGGAACUGGGGAAUGCAAGACGAGAUAGUUGAAGACACCGUCGAGAAUGCGUGGGGUGAGAUUGUCCUCGAAAAACUCACCGAUGUCGUCGAUGAAACCCUUGCAUCCUCGCUGAUUCGAUCCGCGAUCCCUAUCCGUGCAGAGAAAUCAACGCGGCGCAUCAUCGACAUCCUCCCACCUGACCCCACUUCGUCAAACCCAAUGACGGCAUCGCUGGCAACACUCGUCCUUCAGCCAUGGCCGAUACCGGACACAGACCCUGAUGCACUUGUCCAGCCACCCGUGAUGAUUGAUAUGGACCCCGAAGAUGCAGUCGUGCAAGCAUCAAAGCGCAAGGCGCGCUCCUUUGAUCCUUCUAAGCACGAUAUACGCGUGUAUAUCCACAAGGAGGCUGCAUCUGAGUGCAAAGUCGGCAUGGGGGUCGGUGCGGUUUGGGUCCAGGUUGACAAGCGGGUCGAACCAAAGGAUGACGAGGAAGAGGCGGGAGAGGGAAAAAGAAAGAAAGGCAAGAGUAGUGAUGACGAGUGGUGGUACGUGGAGAGGCUAGAGUGGGCUAUUCCAGGGUAUUGGACCGUCGGUGAGGCUCACCGUGAUUUUACUCGUCACGAAAAUCACCCAGAGUACGCGUACGCUGGGUUCAGCGACUAG